UUGUUGCGAUUUUAUUGUUUUGUUUUGUAAAAAAUGUAUUUCAAUCAAUUGUCAGAGACAUACUGCUCUAAAAUCGAGUUAGGGCUAUUGUUUUAGGCAAUUAUUAGUCAUCAGCCAUUGUCUGGACAAAAGAAGUACCAUGUCACAGGGCGGUGGCACUCCAUCGGCUGGAAACCCGACCAUUCUGCAUGCUGGCAAAGUGUUCAUACAACGCGACUACAGCGACGGCACAUCCGUUAAAUUCCAUACGCGACUUCCCCCUGAACUGGAGGGUAUGAUUGAACGUCAUGUGUUUGAGGCGACCAUUAACAGGCUUAAUGAAUUUUAUGCCGAGGCCGAGGAGGGAUCAUGCGGCACCUAUUGUGAGGGCUGUAUAGGUUGUAUUACGGCGUAUUUGAUCUACAUGUGCUCCGAGACACAUUAUGAAAAGACGCUGCGUAAAAUAUCCAAAUUUGUGGCUUCCCAAAAUGAGCGCAUUUACAAUCCAAAGGGACUGCAAUUGAUUGAUCCAACAUUUCGUGGUCUUCGUGUAAUAGAAAUAACCAUAUUUGAUCGUCCGGGACGUACGUGACUUCCGCUCUCCCAUUCAGCCAAUGAGUUUUUCAUGUGAGACAUCGGCAAUUACUUCAAGCAGCAAUUUGUUACAAAAAACAGCAACAAGUCAAAGCCAUUUCACGUAUCCAUAAAUCAGUGCAGUCAGCUAAAGCUUUAUAGACACCUAAACAAUGUGUAGGUAUGGAUAUGAGCAUAGGGAUCUAUCAAUAUUGUGGCAGCCCUCUAUAGUAAUUAGUAAUAAGUCUAAUGUAAUGAUGUCUCAGUGUGGCAGUCAUAAUAAGCGUUAUGAAUAUAUAACUGUAUGUAGUCGUUAGCGUUAACUUGUUAGUUAGUACGAGUAUUAAUGCGUUAGCAGGCAGCGAUAGUUGCUACUUAAUUAAGUGAGAAGCUGAAAAACUGAACAUGCAUUUUGAGCUAAGACAAAAGUAAACGAAAUAGUUACAAUUGAUUUUACUAAUUUAACAGUGUUUGCAAAAUAAUUGUUACUAAUUCAAUAUGAAAUAUAUUGUAUUUUAUUAUAGUUUCUAACUACACAAAGCAUGAACUUGUAACGCAAUUAAAAAUUGCGCCUCAUUUGAACUUGAUUUGAAAACAUUCUUCUGCUUUAGUGCAAAUACAAAUGCAUAAUUGCAGCACAUACACAGAACAUACAUACAGACAUACACUUGAUUAGUUAAAGUACAUAUGCAUCAAGUUUUAUAUACAUACAAGUCUUGAACAAUAUCAAAUAGCGCCAAAUGAACUUACAUAUAGCAUAUAUACAAAUAACCAAUUGAAGUGUUGUUCAAUUUUAAUAAAAAUCUACAAUAUAAUAAAUUUA